AUGGAUGCUCUAUUCUGGAAUAUAAGGUCAGUCAAUACCCAACAAGCUUUUGAAAGGUUGAUCAAAAUGCACAGGAAACAUCACUAUGACUUUAUUGGCUUGAUGGAACCUAUGCAACAAAUGAGAACACUGGAAAGAUAUAGAAGCAGAAUAGGUUUUGCACAGGCAAUUGCUAAUGAAUCAAAUAAGAUAUGGGCUUUUAUUGAUGAGGUAUAUGAAGUUACAAUAAUGUAUAAUAUGGUUCAGCAACUAACAUUAAGGCUGUUUCACACAGAAAAUCAUGUGGAAAUAGUCCUUACACUGGUGUAUGCUAAAUGUGAUGCCAUUGAAAGGAUUGAACUGUGGGAUUCAUUGUAUUAUAUGGCGAAUGACAUGACAGUACCAUGGUUAGUUGGAGGUGACUUUAAUGUCAUAUGGGAUGAAGAGGAGAAAUUUGGGGGACUUCCAGUUCAUAUCAAUGAAGUUGAUGACUUCAGACAUUGCAUAAAUACAUGUAACCUGAGUGAUCUUGGAUUUAAAGGCAGUAUCUUUACAUGGUGGAAUGGCAGGGCAGAAGAAGACUGUAUUUUCAAGAGAUUAGACAGAUGUCUAGCUAAUUCAGAGUUUCAGCAGACCUUCCCAGGGUUAGAAGUGCAGCAUCUUCCUAAAAUUGGAUCAGAUCAUAGUCCAAUGCAGUUAAAAUGUGAUAUAGAGACCCCUCCUGUGCAGAAACCAUUCAGAUUCUUAAAUUUUUGGGUGGAGCAUGCAACAUUUAAAGAGGUGGUGCAGGAAAACUGGAAGGCUGAUUUCUGGGCUAAUCCUUACACAUUAUUCAAUCACAAGUUAAAAAAGUUAAAAAAGGCAUUAUCUGUGUGGAGCAAAAAAACAUAUGGAGACAUUUUUCAAAAGAUAGCAAGCAUGGAGGAGGUGGUUAAGGUUCAUGAAGCAGAAUUUGAAGCCAAUCCUACAAGAUUAAACAGGCAGAGGUUACAAAAGGUACAAGCAGAACUUACUAGAUUUCUAGCUCUGGAAGAAAAAUAUUGGAAACAGAAGGCUGGCAUGUCAUGGUUUAAAGAUGGUGAUAGGAACACUAAGUUCUUUCAUGCUCAAGUAAGAGGUAGAAGAAAGAAAUUGCAACUAUCCAGAAUUCAAAACAGUCAAGGUGUUUGGAUAGAUGAGGAGGCAGCAAUAGCUACAGAGGCAAUUCAAUUCUUCCAAGGUCAAUUCUCUGAAACCACAGUACCAACAGCUUUUGAAAUAAUAGAGCAUGUUCCUUCUUUGGUAGAUUUGAAUCAAAACCAGGAAUUAACAAAACAGCCAUCCUUAGAAGAGGUAAAAGCUGCAGUAUUUGGACUAAAUGGAGAUAGUGCUGGAGGGCCAGAUGGUUUUACAGAAGAACAAUCUGGAUUUGUUAAAGGAAGAAGCAUAGUGGAAAAUAUUCUACUUACACAAGAGAUUGUCACAGACAUGAGACUAAGGACAAAGGCAGGUCCUAAUGUCAUCAUAAAGCUAGAUAUGACCAAGGCCUAUGACAGAUUGUCCUGGCUAUUCCUGACAAAGGUUUUAAGGAAAAUGGGAUUUUCAGAAACAUUUAUAGGCAUGGUCUUUGGCAUAGUCUCUAAUAAUUGGUACUCAGUAUUGAUAAAUGGUCAAGCUCAUGGUUUCUUCAGAUCUUCAAGGGGAGUGAAACAGGGGGAUCCACUGUCCCCUACUUUGUUUAUUCUAGCAGCAGAAGCAUUGUCAAGGGGCCUUAAUGCACUUCAUCAAAACUUAUACUUCUGUGGUUAUGGUAUGCCUAAAUGGAGCCCAAAGAUUAAUCAUCUAGCUUAUGCAGAUGAUACAAUUAUCUUUUCAUCAUCUGAUGCUACAUCACUUAGGCUCAUCAUGGAGGUUCUUGAUGCAUAUGAAUCAGCUUCAGGGCAGUUGGUCAACAAGGCAAAGUCAGCUGUAUACUUACAUCAUUUGACAGAUGCUGAAGUAGCAGAUAAAGUGGAGCAGGUCACAGGAAUAAAGAGGCAAGAGUUUCCUAUAAUAUAUCUAGGGUGCCCUAUAUUCUACUCAAGGAGGAAGAUGGAAUACUACCAACCCAUGAUUACCAAGAUACUGGACAGACUACAAUCAUGGAAAGGUAAAAUGUUAUCAAUAGGGGGCAGAGCAGUACUUAUUGCUCAUGUGUUGCAGAGCAUGCCAAUUCAUUUAUUAUCAGCUGUCAACCCUCCUGCUUAUGUAAUCAAUAGGAUUCAUAAAAUAUUUGCCCAAUUUUUUUGGAGUAGUUCAAUUACAGGCAGUAACAGACAUUGGGCAUCUUGGUCUACUUUAUGUAUGCCACAAGAAGAAGGGGGGAUUGGGUUUAGGUCUCUUCAUGAUGUAGCAACAGCCUUAUUUUGCAAGUUAUGGUGGAAUUAUAGAACUAAGCCUAGCCUUUGGAGUUCCUUCAUGAGUCAGAAAUAUUGUAAAAAGCUAAAUUCAGUGAUUGUACCAUGGAGAGAAGGGUCUCAUGUGUGGAGAAAAAUGUUAGAGUGUAGAGAUUUGAUAGAACAUCAGAUUAUAUGGCAUCCAAGAAUGGGUUCCUCUUUAUUUUGGUAUGAUAACUGGACUGGUUUAGGGGCACUAUACUUCUUGGUUCCACAGGAAUUUGGUAUUGAUGAAUCUGUACACAAUGUUUGGGAUGUGGUAGAAGGAGAUACAUGGAAUGCAGAAAGACUGUAUGAGGCUUUACCAGAGGAAUAUGCAGAACAUAUACAUCAAAACAUUAAGCCACCUACAGCACAUGGAGUACUUGAUGUAUCUAACUGGAUGCUGGAACCUAAAGGAUAUUUCUCUGUAAAAACAGCUUGGGAUUACUUGAGAAAAAGAGCUGAGCCUAUGACAGCAUACAAGAAGAUAUGGAUAAAGGGGUUACCCUUUAAAAUUGCUUUUUUUAUGUGGAAGGUGUGGAGAAAUAAGUUGCCAUUAGAUGAUUUUUUCAGAAGGUUGGGCUACUUAAUGGCAUCUAAAUGCUGGUGUUGUGCAGAACCAAGGGAGGAAAUGACCAAGUGGAAAAUAUUCCACACUUUCUUUGCUGCAUAUGUGGAAGUGAAAAACAGAUGCCCUGAAA